CGAGGCUCUCUCAAAAGCCCAGAAUACUUCCAAGUUGGGGCUCAUUCUCUGUUUCCAGCCAUCGAUCGCCGACUGAUUUCAGGAACAAAUUUCUGACCACCGAAUUCAAAAUCAUUCCAUUUCUUCAAUUUUCCCGUUGACUUUCAAAUCAAUUGUUCCUUUGUUUUUUUCUCUUCGCUUUCGCGUCUUUUUGAUCCCAUCCUUGCCUUUUUCUUCGCACCUUUGAUCUCCUCUUCCUUCUUAGGGUUUGGACCUCUUCCUCCUCGUCGUCUCAGAUCCUCAAUUUCACCGCCUAAUCUUCCUUUUUCUUCCCUGUUCUUCUUAUUUUUAAGACCUUACAAUCUUUGUUCGUUGGAACCCUGUUUAAUUCAGUUCGUGACAGCGCUUGGUUUGCUGUUCUUCAGACUAUUUCGCCCUUUUUUGGGUUUCUGAGAUGUUUAAACUGCCGAGGAUCGAAAGGACGGUAUGAUUCUGUUCUUGUUUUCGAUUUCUUCAGUUUUGUGGUUGAAUUUAUCUUCCUGUUCAUUCGACUGUUCUUGCUGUUCGUUCUGGCCGGAAUCUUCAAAUUUCUGCUGCGUUUGGAUUUAGAAGAAGAAUCUUCAAAUUUCUCCAGAGAUUGGGCUGCAUUUUCAAAUUUCUGCUGUUCAUUCGACUGUUCUUGCUGUUCUAGUGGAUUUGUUUGCGGUGGAGAUGGAUAGGAACAGGCAGAAUGAGAAUUUGGGAGUGAAUAAAAUGGGGAAGAACAUUAGGAAGAGUCCAAUACAUCAGCCUAGUUUUGGAAAUACUGCUGCUAGGCCUCAACCCCAGCCACAAAUUUACAAUAUAAGUAAGAAUGAUUUUCGGAAUAUUGUGCAGCAGCUUACAGGCUCACCAUCUCAGGACACUCCUCCUCCUCCUCCUCCUCCUCCUAGAGCUCCACAAAAUCCUCCAAAACCCCAAAGUAUGCGUUUGCAGAGAAUUAGACCUCCUCCGUUAACUCCGAUGAAUCAACCGAACAUGCCUGCUCCUCCUGUUCCUGGCCAAGUUCCUGUGCCUCCACCGCAGGGUCUAGUCAAUAACAAUAUGCAUAGGCCUGCUGUACAGUUUGCUCAGCCACCACCUCCAUUGGCACCGGGAGGAAACUCGCAUUGGCCGAACCCGGCUGCCGAGUCUCCUAUUUCGGCAUACAUGCGGUACCUUCAAAAUUCUAUGAUGAAUCCAUCUCCAGUAGCACAGCCACAGAUUCCUGGUCAAAUGCAUCCUCAAACACCUCCAUCUGGUUUAUUGCCUAAUCCUAAUCCUAAUCCACCUGUUCCUGCUCUUCCAUCCCCAAGAUUCAAUGGUCCUCCUCCACCCCCUAUGCCGAACUUGCCUUCACCGCACUGGAACAGUCCCGCCCUUUUACCGUCCCCGACUUCGCAGUUUCUAUUGCCUUCUCCAACUGGUUACUACAAUUUGUUGUCCCCUAAAUCACCCUAUCCAUUACUCUCACCAGGAAUACAAUUUUCUCCGCCAUUGACUCCUAAUUUUGCAUUUCCAGCCAUGCCUCAAUCCGGGAUCUUAGGUCCAGGGCCUCAUCCACCACCUUCCCCAGGUCUUAUGUUUCCAUUGUCUCCUUCAGGGUUUUUUCCAAUCAUGAGUCCAAGAUGGAGAGAUCAGUAACGCACGCACCCUCGUCGUGUUUAAGGGCUCCAUGUCUGCUGACAUUUUGAACAUGGAUACCAAACUCACGGUGUCAGCUAGUAGCUCUACCCUUUUGCUGUUUCAUAUCUUUCUAUUAGUUCAAUUUUUUAACACUUUAAAUUGUAAAAUCCUUUUGCUUCUCAUUUUCGGUUUCGAAAAAUCUAAUUCUGUAACUUCUGUAAUGUUUUCUUUUUUCCUUUUAGGCAAAUUUGUAUUACUAUAUAUAACAGGAAGAACAGAGCUGUAGCAUUAGACAUAGGAUCGUAGAUGUCAAGUCGAUAGCUUGGUCGGUUGGGGUCGGUCUAGUUGAAUAAUUGUCCAAUUCUCUGUAAGAUGAUGGAAUCAACAUUAUUUGGUAUCUGAGUUAUUUUUUUAGCUGGUUUAUA